AUGAGGAAGACGAGCUAGAGCCAGCUUUUGUCCGAGAGACAGGACAUGGUUAUGGUCUCUAUGGUCGUCAUAAGAGUCACACUCACAUUAACAUUGAAGAAGACAACACAAACGAGGGUAGUGGCAAUGAUCAAUUUUACUACAAAAGCGACGCUUAUGGAAACCGCAAUGGUAGAUCUAAGUAAGGAUAUUGAGUUUCUUUGUUUUUUUUUGGAUAAUCUGGAAUCAAUGUUUUUAUUUUGUUGGAUAAAUAUAUUUUUUUCAUUCAAAUUUUGAAACCUUCAAGCUAUACAAAAUUCUUGAGUUUAUGUAGUUAAUUUAAGAGUUUUUUCGU